AGCAAACAUACGUAACACAGCCUCAAAGAACACUCCAAUCUCUUAUACUCCUUCAAUAUGACGCGUAACCUUUAUGUCCCUUUCGAGAUCGUCCUUCAGAUCCUUGAAACGUCUAUUCCGCCCGGUGAACCCAAUCGGGUUAUUGACGUUGCAACCCCGGAAGUUCAGCAGCUCGUCACCUGGACAAGGGUAUGCCGCGCGACGUAUGAGCCAGCGACCAGGUUUCUACGGCAGCACUGUGUACAUCUCGACUCGAUACCUCGACUCCAGAAAUUCUUGCGCUGCCUAAACUACUCCAAGACUUUAAAAGCAGGGGGCCAUGAAUCUCUCCCCAAAACCAUCCCACUUUUUGCAGUCUCGUCCAUCUAUCUUGGACUCAGCCUCGAGGAGAUCCAGUCGAUACGAGCCAGUGCACUUGUCCGGGAUGUCUUUCUGGAACUCGGUAGCUCUGUCCGCCGAUUGAUCAUUGACCUGCCGUUUCGCAGAAUCGCUAUGCAGCAUAGCAUUGAUGCGCAUAUUGAUCAAGUCUUCUCUCGGGGUCUACAAGCGUUGAUCAACCUUGAAGAAUUCGUCACCUUAGGCGGCCUGCCUUCAUUAGAGUUCUGGAGGAGUGAGCUCAACGUCAGCCAAAUUUGGCCCAAGUUACGAAAAGUCGCUGGAUUCAGCAUCAAUCUGAGUGACGAAGGACUUUGGUACAAUGUUGCACGACAUCGAAACAUUGCGCAUCUGGUUAUCACAAGACCUUAUUUGCUUCGCGUUCAGAAAUGGAACAUCAAGCAAUCUAUCGGUAGCGAACUUUGGAACCCCGAGUUUGGAGGUGACUCGACCUAUGCUCGGCCCUUGAAGAUUGUCAUUGUCAAUCAUGAGUUUAGCUCACCCAUAAUUGAUACGGAAGACGGAAGUAUUCACGACCCGGCUGGGCUUCUUGAUGUCUCACCUGUUGAGAUACCAAUGCACGCGAAACGGGUCGAUUAUGUCUGCCGUGAGUGGCUGAUCAAGGCUGCGAAAGAAGAUACACUUUGGGGGUAUUGA